AUGGGCUCGAAGCACCAAUUAACAGAGCCGGCUGAGGAGACUUUUGAGUCGUCAGCGAAGCACCAAUCCACCGUGCUGACCGUUGGGCCGCCGAAAAGCCUCUUCCUCGCGCUUCUCGCGUUCAGGUUACUCAACAGUCUCGCAGUGCAGACCUAUUUCAACCCGGACGAGUUCUGGCAGGGACCGGAGGUGGCUCACCGGAUGGUGUUCGGCUACGGCUAUCUCACGUGGGAGUGGCAGCCUGAGUGGGCAGCUCGCUCCUUCCUCCACCCGCUGCUCUUCGCUGCUGGUUACCGCCUGCUCGCCCUCUUACGCUGCGACACGCCCUGGCUCGUUCGCCACUCGCCGCGGUUCAUGCAGGCAGCCAUGGCAGCACUGGCGGAUGUGCGUCUCUAUGCGCUCACUCACAGGUUGUUCCCCUUGGCCCCUCGCGUCUCUCCUCUCCCCUUCCAGCGCCACUCGCCGCGAUUCAUGCAGGCAGCCAUGGCAGCACUGGCGGAUGUGCGUCUCUAUGCGCUCACUCACAGGUUGUUCCCCUUGGCCCCUCGCGUCUCUCCUCUCCCCUUCCAGCGCCACUCGCCGCGAUUCAUGCAGGCAGCCAUGGCAGCACUGGCGGAUCUGCGUCUCUACGCCCUCACUCGAAGGCUCUUCCCUUCGCACCCCUCCGCUGCUGCAUGGGCGCUUCUCUGCAAUCUCACCUGCUGGUUCCUCCUCUUCUGCGCAACACGCACCUUCUCCAACUCCCUCGAGGCCUCCCUCUCUGUCAUCGCCCUCUCCUACUGGCCCUGGCGCCACUGCCAGGGGGACACUGAGGGCGCGCAGGACACGGGUGAGGGGACACAGGGGCGCACUGAGGCCGCCAAAGGGAGAGGUGCUGAGCAAGGGAGAGGAGGAGGGCAAUUGUCUGCAACCGCUCAGGUCUCUGAUCUUAGGGGAGCCAACCGCCCACUGGCCCUCGCCUUGGCAGCAGCAGCGUGCAUGGUUCGCCCCACCAGCACUCCCUUCUGGCUGCCCCUGGGUCUGCACGAGCUUGCUCUGCUGCUGCUGGAGGGGACGUUGAAGGGAGGGAAGGACAGCAGCAGGGGCAGAUGGGAGUGGGUGCGGCUGCUGCUCCUAGAAGUGCUGCCUAUCGGUGAAAUCGCUGCUGCUGGUCCCUCUUCUUCUGCGCAACACGCACCUUCUCCAGAGCUCUCGCUGCUGCUGCUGCUGGAAGGGGCGCUGAAGGGCAGCAGCAGGGGCAGAUGGGAGUGGGUGCGGUUGCUGGGGCUAGAAGUGCUGCCUAUCGGUGUCUGUGACUGUGCCGCUCUGGGUCUCUCUCAAGUGUCUGUGACUGUGCCGCUCUGGGUCUCUCUCAAGUGUCUUGUCUGUGAUUCGGCUCUCCUGCACGCCCUUCUGGUUGCCUCUGGCUCUGCACAAGCUCGCGCUGCUGCUGCUGGAAGGGCCGCUCAAGGGAGAGGAAAUCAGCAGGGGCAGGGGCAGGUGGGAGUGGGUGCUGCUGUUAGGGCUAGAAGUGCUGCCUAUCGGGUGAGCCAUGCUCCUUUGAAAGUGUGUAACGCCCCCUUGCGAGUGCCAACUCAACCCAUCCCCGCCCAACUCCCCCCAAUCCCCUGCACAACCGCAUCCCCCCCACAACGCCGCUUCCCUCUCUCCCUCACUUCCGGACACUCCUCACAGCCAUGCAAGGCACACUCUCAUCCCUCCCCCUCACGUGUGUUCAUCCUCGCUCUUUCUCUGGAUCCUUAUAGAACCCUUUUACACCCUUCUGCUCCCCUCCUCAUCCCCUCCUUUCUCUUUCCCCCACCCUCCUCAUCCCCCACCCUCCUCAUCCCCCAUCAUGGCAAUGAACGGCAUCUACUCCGCACUCACAUGCAUUUCAACCUUGUCAUUAUUUUCUCACCUGGAUCUCUCUAUACCCAUUUACACCCUUCUGCACCCCGCCUCAUCUCCCAGGGCCUCAUAGCCAUGCACGGCACUUUCUUCCCCCUCGCCUGCCUCGGCCUCCUCUGGUGCUCCUUCUUCCACCCUUCCGCGCCCUCUGACUCCCCACCUCGUUAUACGCAUCUUCACCAUCUUCACCAUCUGCUGCAGCACCUGCAGCAGGGUCUGGUGUGGUGGUCGGUGCGCCUGCCCUUCCUGCUGGCCCUCUGGCUGCCUCUCUUCUACUCCCUCUCGGAUCACAAGGAGCACCGCUUCAUCCUGCUCUCGCUCCCUCUCCUCAACACAUACGCUGCUCUCGCCCUCUCUCUCCUGAAUGAGGAGAGGGAGAGAGAGCAUUCAAGACUCGCCACCACCUGUAACAACUGCAACACCAGCAACACCAAGCCUCACACACCCGGCCAAUCGCCUCCGCUCCAUCAAGCAUCUAACUCCUUGAAACCGCCCGAACCAUCUCAAUUACCCAACCCGUCCCAAAGAUCCACAUCAUCUCGUUCCGGCCCAGCAGAUCAAUCAUGGCGCGCCUUCCUGUCCCCCUUCCUCCACCCACAAUCGCCCCUGUUCCGCCUACUCCUCACAGCAGCCUUCCUCCCCCAGCUCCUGGCCGCUCUGUACCUCUCCACCAGCCACCAGCGAGGCACCAUUUCUGUCAUGCCCUUCUUAGAGGGAGAGAUCCACGGGAUUCUGCAGACCCACUCAACACCAUCAAGGGACGUGGGGAGGGGAGGAGGAAUUGAGGGGGAGGGGGGAGGAAAUGAAGGGGGGGAAGGAGUGAGGGAGGGGAGAGUGGAGGUGUUGUUUCUGAUGCCUUGCCACUCCACGCCCUUCCACUCCCACCUCCACAACCCCGCAGUCACACUCACCAUGCUCUCAUGCGCCCCCAUCCUCACAUCCCAUCCCAACGGCACCAUCACCAUGUCCCGUGAAAGGGAGUUUGAAGAUCUUCUCGCCGACCCACGUGACUUCCUCUCAUCUCGCUACACCAUCCAUACAUCUCACGAGCAUGGGGGAGGAGGUGGGGAAGCAGCAGCAGAUGUCCGUGCAUGUGCGGGCGAUUUUGAACAGAUAGAGGGAAGAUGUUUGGAUGGGUGCUAUGGGGUGGAUGGAGGUGGGCGGCCGGAGCUGCCAGAUCUGGUGGUUGCAUUCGACACAGAGGAGCUGCUGCUGCUGCCGUUUCUCCGUUGUGCCGGGUACACUGAGGUACGUGCUUGGCUUUGGAAGGGUGCUACGGGGUGA